UAAACCAGUCAUCAUUGAUAAUGGCGACUAUUCGCACUCUUCUUCUCCUUUUGGAAUUUUUUACGGUUAGUUAUUGUCUAAAAAGACGCAGUUUGGGUGGAGAAUGGAUUGUAAGAGAUGCCGCAGGAAAAUACGACAAUUUGAAAGCUACCGUUCCAGGAGGCAUUUACACAGAUUUGAUGAAUAAUAAAAUUAUAGGUGAUGUAUUUUAUGGAAGUAAUGAUACUGAAACUAGAUGGGUAGCUCAGAGCGAUUGGAUUUACAAAAGUCAAUUCCUAGUGGACGAUUCUUUUCUAAGUCAUAACCAUAUAAAUCUGGUCUUUGAAGGUUUAGAUACUUUUGCAACUGUGUUAAUUAACAAUGUUGAAGUCGGUUCAAGUGAAAAUAUGUUCGUACGUUACAUUUUCGACAUUAAAAAUAAAUUACAGCUAGGAAAUAAUACAAUUGAAGUAAAUUUUUUAUCUCCGAUUAAAACAGCUCAAAGUUUAAUUAAAAAACAAGGCUAUACAGUGCCCCCAACUUGCCCUCCAGAUAACUACAGAGGAGAGUGUCACGUAAAUCAAAUAAGAAAAAUGCAAGCAUCAUUUUCGUGGGAUUGGGGACCUGCGUUACCCUCAAUGGGCAUUUGGAAAGAGGUGUAUUUACAAGCAUACAACUCUUCGGUCAUUCGUUAUCUGAUGGUUGAUCACAAAGACGCUCCAAACGAUUCUUGGUUGAUUACAGUUUCGACUUAUCUCAGCACUAAAACUGGCGAAACAGUCCAAGGGAAACUUUUAUACAAUCUUGAAACCGAUGUCAGUCUUAUUCAACAAAUUGUGGACGUUAAUCAGACUAACACCAACGAAGAUGAUGAACUAAAAGUCGAUUAUUCUUUCACGAUUCCAAAAAUAACGGUGCGAAGGUGGUGGCCGAAUGGCUAUGGCGAACAAAAACUGUACAACUUUACAGCCAGAUGGCAGAGUGGUGCUGAAAUUGAUUCCAAAACUGUUAAAAUAGGCUUCAGGACAAUUGAAUUGGUCCAAGAAGCAAUUGGUGGGUCUACAACCCCCCGCAAAUUUUUUGCAGGCUCUGGUUUGAGUUUUUACUUCAAAGUUAAUGGUUUGCCAAUAUUUGCCAAAGGCGCCAACGAAAUCCCUCUUGACAUUCUCCCCGAAAAGGGCCAAAACCUCCAAACGGUUGACCGAAUUUUGGAGAGUGCCUACUCUGCCCACAUGAACAUGUUGCGGGUUUGGGGAGGUGGCGUUUACGAAUCAGAUUACUUCUACCAAAAGACGGACGAAUUAGGGAUUUUGAUUUGGCAGGACUUCAUGUUUGCUUGUGCUAUGUAUCCCACUUACCCGGAAUAUUUAAACAAUGUUAAAGCAGAAGUUCGGCAUCAGGUCAGGCGAUUAAAAAGCCACCCAAGCAUUGCACUUUGGGCUGCUAACAAUGAAAAUGAACUUGCAUUAAUGACUAAUUGGUACGGCACUUCCAGUAACUUAGAGUUGUAUAAAGACGAUUAUAUCAAGUUGUACAUCGAUACGAUACGCUCGGAAUUGUUCAAUUUCACGACUGAUGUGACAUUUGUUUCGUCUAGUCCGAGUAAUGGGAAGAAAACUGUCCAAGAAAAUUAUUUAUCGAACGAUCCAGGAAACUCUCUUUUUGGAGAUGUCCACUACUACAACUAUCUAGUCAACAGUCUGGAUGCAAGAACUUAUCCAAUACCAAGAUUUGCGUCAGAAUACGGUUACCAGUCACUCCCAGAUUUCGAUACUUGGUUAACAGUCACUGACAAUAUUAAAGAUUUAUAUCCAAAUAGUUCGUUUAUGGACCAUCGACAACACCACCCUUUUGGAUUAAUUGAAAAUAAUCUCUUAAUGAUGUAUCAAUUGAAUUUCAACAAUACAACGGAAAGUUUUUACAAAACUUACAUGUACUACUCACAGAUUAUCCAAGCAAUGUCUAUAAAAUUCGAGACUGAGUAUUAUCGCAGUUUCAUGGGACGUCUCGACAGCUCGGGUCAUGGUAACACCAUGGGUGCUCUUUUCUGGCAAUUGAAUGAUGUGUGGGUCGCACCCACGUGGGCUGGAAUUGACUAUACAGGAAAGUGGAAAAUGUUGCAAUACUUCGCAAAAGAAUUUUUUGCCCCAACUAUAAUAACUGCAUAUUUGGAUGUAGCAAGACAGCUUCACAUUUAUGGGAUGACUGAAAUUGCGUCUAUAUUCGAUUCCAGAUUGAAUGUUUCUGCCGUGAUUGAUGUGUACAAUUGGACUUCUUUUUCACCAAUCAAAUCCACAGUAGUGGACGUGUCUUUGGAAUAUGGAAAAUCACUCCAAGUCGCCGUAGUUGACACUGAUAAUUACCUUAAUAGUAUAGGAUGUGGCUCACUUCCAACCGCAAGAAACAAUUGUUUCUUUUAUCUCUCCCUCAUUUCCGGAAAUUCUGUUAUAGCACCCCACAAUCUGAUUUUAGUAUCGCCUUUGAAACACUCAAAUCUUCAAACGACCCGAGUUAGCAUUACUUCAGUGAUUCAAAUAGACGAUAAGGGUACCAAAUUUGAGGUCACAGUGACUGCUGAUGGUAUCAGUCUUUUCGUUUGGUUGGACUCGCACCAAGUCCGGGGUCAGUUCAGUGAGAACGGUUUUGCACAAGUGGUUCCAGAGAAGGCUGUUACGUUCCAAAGCGAGACAAUAACGUCUGUUGCUACCUUAGAAAAUGUAAUCACUGUAACCCACUUGAACAACCAUCAAUAUCAAUAAACACGUCUUUGAUAAUUUUUGUUUAUUUGUAUUUUAAAACCGAUUUUCACAUGUUGCUAUCCUAGAAAUAGAGAUCUUGAACAGUAUUAUCAAUUCAAUCUUUGAUAACUGGUUUUUGUUUAUGUUCUCAAUAUGGUAA